AUGACGACGAAGCCCCACGAAGCGGCCAGCACCACAGUCGUCAAUCUCUUGAACACUCUGACAGCCUAUGAUCUCAAGGAUGAAAUUGCAAGCUGCGCGGACCUACUCUUGGAACCACAGCGAGCGUCGUACGGAGACAAGCACGAGACACUCUCGCAGCUGGCCAAACGAUGCACCGAUAUGGAUCACAAGAGGGGCGCUUUCGACUUCCAUCUUAUGGUGGCGCUCAUGAAGUUCAGCUUUGAGUGUGCAAGUCUGUCAGGAUGGGUGAACGUCAAUAUUUCCGCUUUAUGGCGCGAGCACCUUUCGACAGAGGCCAAACCCCCCAGUGUUCGCACCGUACAAGCCUGGUAUUCGAGAGGUACCAAGCUAGCAAGGCUAGCGGCUGGAGGUUCAAUCUAUAUGCUUCUCUGGAUGGCCUAUACGAACUUGCGCGUGCCGUUUAUUGAAGCGGAUGGCAAUCUAUCUUCCGACCUCGCCAAUAUACUGCGAUGCCCAGAUGCAGUGCUCUUCCCUCGAAAUCGCUCAGAUCGCACCGACACCUCUACUACCACCGUCACCUCAAAAUAUGAUCCAGAGCAACUGGCCAACCAGCGGUUUCAAUGUCCUAGGGACAGAGGGCAGAACUCGACCUGGACAGAGCGUCAGAGGAACUUGGCUAGCAAAGCCGUAGAACCAUCAAGCCUAUAUGAGCUGACUUCAAUGCUACAGACCAUGGAUGUGCUUAUCAUACAGUCUGUACAGUUGGACGUUGUUGCAUGCAUAUGCAAGGCUAUGCCUCAAAGCAUGCGAGACGGUCUGCCAGAUCGUCUUGCUGCUUGUUUUGAACCGAAUGCCCUGAAGGAGAUCAACACGGCUGAGGACGGCGGUGCGCAUGUCUUUCAGGCACUGCACUUUUCCUGGUACAAUCGGCAUUGCACUUCUGGACAUGACGCUCCAGUGAGCGCACCGCCUAUGACCAUGAAGAGGACGUUCGGGGUCAAAACCAACUACCAUCAGCUAAUACCCUACCCGUCGAAAGAUAUGACGACGAAUCACUCAAUCUACCAGUCGGUCAAGAACAUCCUAGGACCCAUCUUUGACUGGCUAGAUAAGAAGCUCAAGGAAAUGAUGCCAGGCACAUACGAACAUCUGGACUCGUAUGUCCGCAUAUUGCCUGGCAACAACACCGCCGUCUCUGCCCCUUUUCUAGGGCUGGUCAUUAACCUCAACGUAGUGACAGCAGCGCACAGAGACAGCAAGGACGACGGCGUAUGCCUAGUCCUUGCAAUUGGUGAUUUUGAAGGCGGGCUGGUCGUGCCUCUUCGUAAUGGCGACUUUGUCAUAUUUCCGUCUUUUUACGGACGCUCGGAUGCUAUCGGAGUCUAUCGUCGCUGUCUCUCUUUCCUCAGUGCGCAUUCCGACAUGGUCAAGCCUGUUACUCGAUCCGUCGCAACCGAACAAGGCGCCGGAACACCACGAUCAACCCGGUCGACCAAGACCUCCAAGGCCGCAGGCGGUUCGAAGAAAACCACCAAGCAAACAAAGACUAAGGCGAACCAGGCGGCUGCCAAGAAGGAGCGGGAAAAAGAGAAGGGUCAACAAACAUCUAGGGUUCGCAAAAACUCGUCAAGAAUGAUGGCGGAAGAAGAAUUAUCGAGUGACGAAGAGCAACCAAAGCUCAAAAAGAAGAAGCUCGCUGGCACCGAGGACAGAGACGUCGAUGAACAGGAUGGCACGUCCAAUGAUGUGGAGAUGGAGGAUGUGACCGCUGAGCAGCCUAAGGCACCUCGACCCAAACCGAAGCCAGCAUAUGGCAAAUCCGUCAAACCUGGAACCUCCUUGGAUGCCGGCGAGGAGGAUGUCGCGCAAAUGUUGUGUGGACAACGUCAAACACAACGUCAAACUCGGGAUAAAGCUACUGUUUCUAGGUCUGAGAAGCCUAAGUCUGUCGUUGUCAAGUCGUCUUCGAGCAAGGGCAACUCGAAAGGUAAGGGCCGGGCAAUUCGUGCGGUCGAGUCAGAGCAUGAGCUCGAUGAAGACGAGGAGGGAGAUGGCCAGGGCAAGGUUGUGGAUGACGAAGACGAGGUCGGGGUCGAGGACGAGGACGAGGACGAGGACGGUGCGCGCGAUGACGAUGACGAGGACGAGGGCGAGUACCAGGACCAGGAGUACGAUGAUGAUGAUGAAGAAGACGACGAGGAGGUCAUAGGGAGUGGGUCCGAGGAAGGGGAGGAUGAAGUUGAUGAUGUCCAGGAGGAGAACGACGGCGAUGUCAUAGUCGUGUCUGAGACGAAGGCGAAAAGCAAGCCUGCUCGCGAGCAGGGGACUGUCGGUGAACGCAACAGUAGCAACCGCGUCAAGGUAGCCGACCUGCCCGCCAGUGUCAAGUCCCUUGUAUCUGCCGCGCAGAACUGUCUGCGCCUCCAUAUUGCCCUCAAGGCUGCCUGGACUAAGGAGACGUCGAUUACCUCUAACCGCCUGCCUUCCAGUGACAAGAUGAUUGGUGCAUGCCUUCGCGAAGCGCAUCUUGGACGCGGGAAGAGCGAUAAACACAAUGCAGACCUGAAGAACGCAUUCCAGAUGCUGCAAGGCCCGAAGGCAAAGAAGGACAGGGACCCGAAGGCAAAGAAAGCGGAAGUUCGGAAGGAGAUGACAGAUGAAGAACGAGAGGCGAUGAGAAAGAAAGUCUACACCGUGACGCGAAAUGAGCUCAAGAAAAAGGCGAAACAGGUCGUUGAGCAGGUCUUCAAGCUCAAUGGUCUGUCCGUGGCUCAAAGGACUGAGAUCGCCGGCUGGCUUCUAGAGACACACUCCACGACGGUCACCGACGGCAGUCGUAAACGCAACAUCGCCAAUUUUGUCUUCGGCGGCAUAGAGUUCCACUUCGACCGCAAGAAGAAGUUGGACAGAGAGCGUACGAAGGUCGAGCCGACGGAACCGUUCCGAAGUGAUUGCAUUCCAGAGCUGAUCUACCAGUAUUAUGGCCUGGCGGGACGCCCAGAUGCGAGUAUCAACUCUGCAUUUGAAGAGUUCAGCAAAGUACCGCUGAACCUUAUCGCCCUCUCGUGCAAUGCAAUCGAAGCAGCAUUGAUGGAGGUGGCAUCGCACAACCAAGCUACUGUGACGGUGUUCUCGAACAAGAAUUUUGCGGGAAAAUGGGAUGGAGUGAUGGCAGUUCUCGAGACCUUGGAAGAUCGAGCCACCGACUAUCUGGAGGAGACGCGCGAAUUGAUUUGGAAGGACAUCAGUGGUUACAGCACUCGUCUCAAUGCCGCACCUGAUGCAGUCGAGGCGUCGGGGGACGAGCAGCCAGGUGGCUUCAUACCGCUGCUGCAGUUACGCCGUGGCGCAUCCAAGCCGCGGAGCCACAGCAAGGAGCCUGGCACGUCAAAGGCCGCGACCGCGACCAAGCCUUUGUCGAGCGCAGCAAAAGCUAAGCCAUCGAGCUCAUCAAAGACCACGAAGAACGCGGAGUCGGCGAAGGGGAAGAAGACACCUCCCAGCUCGAAGAAGACACCUCCCAGCCCUUCGAAGAAACCUCGGAGCGCAGGCGCCGCAUCGUCGAAGUCUAGGAAGAAACGACGUGGUGACCAGGAAGAUGAGGGUGACGAGGGCGAGGCAGGCGGCGAGGCAGGCAGUGGCGAUGACAGGGAAGGUGAUGCUGGAGGUCGCAGCGAAGUCGAUGACGGUGAGGGAGUACAGGUAGAUGAGCUUCAAGAGUCUGGGCAAGAACCUGUUGCGGGCACACCCACUGAGGAAGGUGCCUGA